AUGACGCUUCUGGUUUCCUUAACGAUACUCUUGUUGGUGCAGCGAUAUGCUGAUGCCACGACGGAAUGGUUCGGCGAUUUGAGGGCGCACAUGAACCCAUCCAACAAUCCCGCCUUUUAUGAUAUUACAUACGACGACGAUGACUGUCCACAAGGUCUUGAGAGCAAUGCUAUCCCCGAAUACGUCUAUUUUGGGGCCAUGAUCUCAACCAAGAUGGUUGAGGGACACAGUGACUGUUUGCAACAUUGUGUUCUCAACGAUAAAUGCAAGGCCAUCAACUACUUUGAACCCAUGGGAAAGAACGUAAGCCUUCAAAUCCUUUCGCCUAUACUGACAGUCCAAUCUGAUAAUGUUUGGUGCGCAAACUGUUGUUGAUUGAUAUGAAUCCCGCGACCAGACGGGCGCGCAACUUUCGGUGACUAAUUUCCUCAACGAAUCACGAAUUCCUGACAAACAAGGCAAUAAAUUACUUUCUACGCCAAUAAAGCGCUAAUUUUCAGAAGAAUGGCUACUGCGAGUUGUUGAGAGAGACCCAAUGGGAUAACCCCAGACUGAUGAGACCGUUCCACAAGGCCGUUUACUACGAGAAAAUCCGCUGCAGAGACGACGAACAGCUGGAUACCUUCGAUGUGGAACACAAGUUUGAGCCGGCUCCCGUGGAGAGCAGUAAGUUUAUGAGACAAUAGGGGCAGUAAAGAGUUCAAGAAAUCAAACGAUUCUACGUUUGAGAACAAGAGUUUCAUGGGGUUUCUACAGCGGCGGACCUGAUAUAGUGGCAAAAAACGUACCAUUCUGCAUCCGGGAAGUAUCAAAAAAUGUGGCAAAAUGCCGCCCUCUCCAGCUAAAAAAGCUCCGUUUUGAAGACGCUCCCUUUUCCUCACAAAAAGAGCUUUCAAGACGGAGUUUUUUCACUUGGAGAAGGAGGUAUUUUGCCACAUUUUUUGAUACUUUCCGGAUACAAAAUGGUAGGUUUUUUGCACUGGAUCAGGUCCGCCAUUGUAUAGCAUAGCAUCGAAAAGUAAAACAAACGUAAUCACAUCCAUUUCCAGAACCGUCAACAACCACAGCCCGCCCUACUCUGCCUCCGAAGACCAAGCCCGGCGCUCCGGCCAACUUUGACGCCAAGAGAAAGCCAGUGGUCGAGGACAACCUGAAACUUUUCAAGAAGCUGUCCGACAAAAUCCACGAGUUCAACAUGCGUUUCAGAGCUCGUCUUUAA